GGUUUCCAAACACAGAAGGCAUCCACAGUCAGCUUCCGUCAACCAGCAGCCCGCUUCCCAGUUGCAAGGCCACACAAAAACCGUGUUUCGAGAUUAUUAUAACGUACUUGCAAAUAAUGGGAAGGAGUGUCGUGGACUCCUACAUCGCUGUCAGCUGUUUGUUUGUCGCUCAGGCCCGCUAGCCUUCGAGUCUGUUAGCGUUAGCCGCCUGCAGCUGUCGUGCGCACUCGCGGAGCCAAAAUGGUGUUGUUAUUGAAUCCACUGGAGAAUCUGAAGACCUACAUAAGUAACCGUCCUCCGCUGGUCAUUUUUAUGGUUAGCGUCAGUGCUGUGGCCAUCGCUUUCCUCACUAUAGGAUACUUCUUUAAGAUCAAGGAGAUCAAAUCACCUGAGAUGACUGAGGAUUGGAACACAUUCCUUCUCCGAUUCAAUGAGAUUGACUUUUGCAUCUCUGAAAAUGAGACGCUCAAGCAUGGCUUGAAUGAGUCCAUCACGCCAGAGAGCACAGUUACCAGCAGCCAGACGCGAUCCAGCACCCAGUCGCCACCUCUACUAGAGGACCCGGGUCCCAUCAACAUCUCUGUGGCCAUCACACUGACCCUAGAUCCGCUGAGGCCAUUCGGUGGCUACUCACGCAAUAUUACUCACCUUUAUGCCAGUGUGCUUGGGCAGCAAGUUGGCCUUGCUGGCAGAGAGGCCCAUGAAGAGAUGAACAUCACUUUCACACUGCCGGUAGCCUGGAACUCGGAUGAGUGUGUUCUGCAUGGCCGCUGUGAGCAGAUGGUCUUCAGCACCUGUAUGACCGUCACAGCAGCCAGUAAUGUCUUCCCAGUCACAGUGCAACCGCCUCACUGUGUCCCAGAGACCUACAGCAAUGCCACGUCCUGGUACAAGAUUUUCACCACAGCACGAGACUCGGACACCAAGUACACGCAGGAGUACAACCCGUUCUGGUGUUACAAAGGUGCCAUUGGGAAGGUGUAUCACACGCUCAAUCCCAAACUCACUGUCAUCGUUCCAGAUGACGAUCGAUCACUCAUUAACCUGCACCUCAUGCACACCAGCUACUUCCUGUUCGUGAUGGUCAUCACGAUGUUCUGCUAUGCAGUCAUCAAGGGCAGACCUGGCAAAGUUCGACAGAACAACCCUGAUUUCUGUCAAGAAAAGGUGCGACUGAGGUGGCCUUGUCAGCAGGAUAAACGGGGUCAGAGGUGAACACCUGAAGCAUAUCGGAAAGGGAAGUGAGAAUACUACAUGUUGCCUACUGAACCCAGGAGAAGGGUGCAAAAAACAAAAACAAAACACAAAAAAUGCUCUGUGAAUGAAUUUCUGCAAUGUUGGGUCACUCCAACCAAAGACUUUUAAGUGCCUGUAUCUACUGUGUAAAUAAUCAUAAAGGACUCGAGUACAGAAGCAGUCUGCCUGAGCUUCCCCCUGCACCCUGUGCCAUCCUGUAAAUGUUCAGUAUAUCCAGUAUCUCAAGAGGACGGCGAGCGAUUGACUAGAGAUGUUCAGAUGGGGGAACAUCACCUCCGUUCCUUUGAUCCUUUCGCUCUUUGUGUUCUCACAAAUAUCGAUCCUAUUUCCUAUGACCUUUGAUUUCUUUGGAGGCGACCUUUGCCUUGUCAUUCCUCUCAUGUCUUUUGUCUUAACCGACCCUUUCGUAUGCGUGUCCAUUGCAGAUUCUGCAUUGGCUUUUCUCUUUGAGGAUGCGUGGAUCUUCUACCAUAAUCACGCUGCCGGUCAGGAUCUUGGGGUGAUUUCCUUCAGAGAUGACAGUAGGCAUCAUUAUGUUGUGUUCUUUUAUCUUCACGACCCUAUCUGUGAACAUCUAAAUAAAUGCCUGGGUGAAAGUCGGAUAGAUGGGAAUAAAAAUGAGAAACGCCAUGGUGUUUGUAAGUGGAGAUGAAAUGCCUCUCUUUUGGAUUGAUGGGUUUGCGUGUUGAAAUAUGUGGAUUCAUGGCCUUGGGCUUCAUGUCUCAUUUACUGUAUGUCCAUGUCUGUUUGUGGACACUUUAAAUGAAUGUAUUUGUAAAAAAACAGGCAAAUUAACAGCAGCGAUGCAGCAUCGUUCUCUUGUACAUUUAACAUUUUGAAGUUUAAACGAUGAACAUCAUUAUUGUAGAAUUUUUUUUUUUACAUUUUUUUUUUGUCAUCACAUUACCUAGUUUUGUUUUUACUUUAUUCAUUUGUCAACCAUCCAUUAUUUCCUGCCUUUUCUUUAUUUCCAUUCAUGCCUAAUUUGAUCCGUAAUGCCUUUUUUUUGUGCAAUAUUUGACCUUUCAUUUUGCCUUUAUUUUAAAGGGAUAGUUCAUCCAAAAUCAAGAUAUUUCUACACAAAAGGAGAUAUUUUUAUAAAUGCUGCUUGCUUAAACUCAUUGACUUCUGUAUAGAAAAAAUACUAUAGACGUCUACAGCAUUCUUCGAAAUAUCUUCUUUUGCAUUUAAAAGAAGAAAGAAACUCAGAAAGCACUUAAUGAUGAGUUCAUUUACAUUUUUCGGGUGAACUAUCCCUUUAAUGUCUUAUCAUGCGUCAUAUCCUGUAUUCAUGCAUGAAACGCAUUUCUUCCUCUCCAUCCUGUGUAGUUCAUGCUCCUAUUUAGUGUUGCGUUGAAUUUUUGUCCUUUUCCACUUACACAGUUUAACAUAUAACAAAUUUUCCCAUCAUGCCUUGCUUAAUUACAGCUGUUUGAAAUCACAUCAGUAACAAUUCAUCAGCUUUCCCGCUCUUCUUCUUUUUCUCUAUUUUAAAGGGGUAGUUCACCCAAAAAUAAAGAAGUAAUUUUUUUUUUAUUCUUUACAGAAAGGAGAUAUCUUGAAAAAUGCUGCUUGCUGAAACUCAUUGACUUCUAUAGUAUGGACAAAAUACUACGUCUACAGCAUUCUUCGAAAUGUCUUCUUUUGAAUACAAAAGAAGAAGGAAACGCAGAAAGCACCUAAUGAUGAGUUCAUUUACAUUUUUGGGUGAACUGUCUCGUUAAUAUCUUCAAAUCAUGCGUCAUAAACUCUAUUUAUGCAUGAAAUACAUUACUUCCUCUCCAUCCUGUCUAGUUCAUGCUCCUUUUUAGUUUUAGUCCUUUUCCACUUACGAGUAACCCGUUUUCCCAUCAUGCCUUGUUUAAUUAACUGCAUCGGUCACAAUUCAUCAGCUCUCCCACUUUUCUUCAUUUCCCCCCUGUCUUAAAGCCCAUAACAAACAAGCGUCCAACCACUAAUGUGCCUUUGCACUGUGUCACCCAUGCUCAUCACAUUGUCUCUUAUGUCUUUCGUCUUCGCUUCAACCGGCUUUAUGCAUUUUGAAUAGACUAAAUGCAUCCGCUUGGGUAUUUUAUGUCAGUCUCAGAGUCAAAUCUGCAGUAAUGGCUGUGGAAGAGUGCGAUUCAGUUGCUUUAUUUUGCUGAUGAUUAGGAAAGUACACCUCAGAUCAGUUUAUUGAUCAGAUCCAUUAUCUAUAAGAGGUUUUAAAAUAUUUAAAGGUGGAAAAUAUAACAUUUUUGCAUUGAGCGACAUGUUAAAGCUGGUUCCCAUGUUGCCAAGGAAUAAAAUAUAUAGAUAUAAAAAUAUAAGUGUGACUUUUACUCAAUUCGAUCUUUUUUAUUUAGUUUUUUACAAUUACAAUUGCAAAAUAAGAAACUUACAUCUGAUUUGCAGCUUUCAAACUUUUCUCUUGACAAUAUUUUUGGCCAUUUUUUUUUUUUAUUUGAACUUCAGACGUUUUUACAAAGUUUUUUUUCUCAUAUUAUACGUUUAUUUUUACAGUUGUGAUUUGUUUUUGGACAUCCAACUAUAUAAAUAAUAAUGCGUUUUUCUGUUUUUCAAACUAUACACAAAAUAAUUGCACAUUUAUAUCUUGAAAUUUUAACUUUUACCUUAUAAUUGCAAGUUUCUACUUUAAAAUCAAUUAAAAAAAUAGUUUUUUUCUAUUUCAAAUUAUAAACGUAAUUGCGAGUUUACAUCUUGCGGUUCAAGUUUUUUUUUGCGCAGUUAGCAAUUAUAAUCCAGAAUUUUAAUACCGAAUUUACAUCUUUUAAAUGUCCUGUUUUUUUCACAACAAGAUACAAUUUAUCUAUUUGAAAUUAUGAGUUGCGUAUUGCAAUUCAUAAAAAAAAAUCCAUAACUUUACACAUGUGUACAUCACCACUGAAAAUAAUAAACUUGAACAUGCAAGUUUACGUUUUCCAGUUUCACUUUAACAAUUGUGCAUUCCUCAGUAUUAUCUCAUAAUCAGUUUUUACAUCCAUUAAGUUUGUUACUUUCCACGCUUUUUUCCGCUAUCGUGUUUAUCUCAGAUGAAAAUUAUACAUUUGAAAUUGUGAGUUCCGUAUUGGAAUUUUGUAAUUUAAAUAAAUAAAUCCAGUAUGUUUUACAUGUAUACGUCACAGUUGAAAAUAAGAAACAUGUACAUGCAAAUUAAAAAUUUCCAGUUUCACUUUAA